CCCUUUUCUCUCAUCUGAAAGACAUCUCCUGCUCACUUCAGAAUUUGAAAGAAAUGAUUGAAGAUCCUCUGUUGAACAUUUCCUCCUUACACCAGAGUGAAAAUGAGAGCAACUCAACUAUUUGCCCACGCUUGGAUGACUGGUGGGAAGCUGUGUACUCUAUAGUACCCAAUUACAUCUUGUCUGUCUGCAUUAUUGGAAUGCUUGGAAAUUUAUUUGUUCUCUUCACUUAUUCACUGCACAAGGGCCCCCUGAAGAUAGCUGAAAUCUACCUUAUGAACCUAGCUGUGGCUGAUCUUAUUUUCCUCAUGUGCCUCCCUUUCUGGGCAGAGAACAUGAGGAAUGGAUUUAACUGGCCAUAUGGCAAUUUCCUGUGUCGCAGCACCAGUGCAUCCAUCAGCCUAAACCUGUACACCAGCAUCUACUUGCUAGUGGCAGUCAGCGUGGAUCGGUAUUUGUCUUUUGUCCAUACCAUGAACCACAGAAGGAUACGGAGUAUAACUAUGGCCAAAGGGAUCUGCUUGCUCAUCUGGUUCUGUGGCAUUCUCCUCAGCCUCCCAGCCUUUGUAUUUCGGACAGUGAAAUACUUUCCCAUGUGGAAUAUUUCAGCAUGUGCUUUGGACUUCCCCACCCCAUUGUGGAUAACAGCUGAUAACCUGGUAUUCAAUAUAAUGGGAUUUGUGCUGCCAUCUCUAGCAAUCAUCUUCCUUAAUUUCUCUACCAUCAGCUCCCUACAAAAGAAUUCAAGGGAACGAAGAGCACUUGGAACAAAAGGUUGCACGGGGCACAAAGGCACAAAGGCUACCAGGCUGAUCUUCACAGUGGUACUGAUGUUUCUUUUCUGCUGGACUCCUCACCAUAUUUUUGUGUUCCUUGAUACAUUAUACCAUACAGAAGUGAUCAAAGGCUGCUUCUGGGAGCAACUGAUCGACUUUGGGGAGCAGUUUGCUUACAUGCUAGCUACUACCAACAGUUGCAUUAACCCUGUGAUUUAUGUCUUUGUUGGAAAAUACUUCAGACAAAAGGUUUUGGAAGUUUUUUCACAGUUCAUUCCCUGUGGAUUUCCUUUGAGAUGGGUAUCCUUCAAAGAAACAUCUUCAAAGUUCAACAUGUUCUCAGUCAGGAGUAGUUCAAGCUAA